AUGGGUGUCGGGAAUGGAUCAGCAGACACGAACCAGCAGACGGCGCGCAAUGAAAUACGAGAUGAGACUACGCCGCUUCUUCCGGUCAAGGUGGAGGAGGAGGGGUUCCAUGAGUUUAAUGGAGCUUCGUUCUCCGGCGCAGUUUUCAAUCUCUCGACCACCAUCGUUGGUGCUGGAAUCAUGGCCUUGCCAGCCAGCAUCAAGAUGCUGGGCCUCAUCCCUGGCCUUCUGAUGAUCAUCUUUGUGGCACUGCUCACAGAGGCAUCCAUAGACAUGCUUAUCAGGUGCAGCCACCAAGGAAAGAUCACGUCGUAUGGGUGGCUGAUGGGUGAGGCAUAUGGACAAUGGGGGAGGAUUGCGCUGCAGGCCUCUGUGGUUAUAAACAACAUCGGUGUGAUGAUUGUUUACAUGAUUAUAAUUGGUGAUGUAUUAUCUGGAACAUCGUCAGGCGGUGUUCAUCAUCGUGGCAUAUUGGAGGGCUGGUUUGGAGCACAUUUGUGGAAUUCUCGUGCCAUUGUUCUUCUUGUGACAACUCUUUUCGUGUUUGCUCCAUUGGUGAGCUUUAAACGAUUGGAUUCACUGAGCUACACAUCUGCCCUAUCAGUUGCUCUCGCUGUGGUUUUUGUUGUUAUUACUGCUGGGAUUGCCAUAAUCAAAGUCAUCAAUGGAACUGUAGCAAUGCCCAAGCUUUUUCCAGAAAUAGAUGAUCUUAGUUCUGUCUGGAAGCUUUUUACAGCUGUCCCUGUCCUUGUCACUGCAUAUAUCUGCCACUAUAAUGUUCACAGCAUUGACAAUGAGCUUGAGGAUAAAACACAAACCAAACCAAUUGUGCGAACAUCACUGGUCCUUUGCUCCAGUGUUUACAUUGCCACAAGUUUCUUUGCUUAUCUUCUCUUUGGAGAUGGUACACUGGAUGAUGUGCUCGCCAACUUUGAUUCAAAUCUUGGCAUUCCUUUCAGCUCUGUCUUCAAUGACGUAGUCAGAGUGAGCUAUGCUGCGCACGUUAUGCUUGUCUUCCCCAUCGUCUUCUUUGCCCUUAGGCUCAACUUGGAUGGUCUACUCUUUCCCACGUCGAGGCACAUUUCUUAUGACAAUAAGAGAUUUACAAUCAUAACCAUCUCACUCCUCGUGGUUAUUUAUACUGCUGCCAUCUUCAUACCAAGCAUUUGGGAUGCAUUCCAGUUUACUGGCGCCACAGCUGCCGUUUUGAUUGGUUUUAUCUUUCCUGCCAUGGUCAUAUUAAGGGAUCCUUAUGGAAUCGCAACCAAGCGUGACAAGAUAUUGGCUGUAACCAUGAUCGUGCUUGCUGUUGUCUCAAACUCUGUUGCCCUAUACAGUGAUGCAAUGAACAUCUUCCGUAGGAAAGAGGUGGCCUGA